GGUUUAUGUGUCCUUUUUUAAAAAAAUAGCCUGGAAGGAGCCUAGCUCCUAAUAAUGUCAUUUAUUUACACAUGCCACAAAAUGUGCAAAAACAUUGUAUUUCUGUGUAAUUUAGUGUUAAAAAUUAUUGUUAAUGACAUUAACAAGUAUUUUUGUUAGACAGCAGGAAAGUCGGAUGGUUGCCAGAAUUGAUUUAUUGAAAAUUUGCCAGCAGUGCAAUGAAAAAGCAAAUCACAGCAACACUGAGUGAAAUGCUGCGUACAGUACAAAUGCAUCACCUUCUAAUUUUCUACUUUUCACAUAUGUUUGUGGAUGCUGACAGGAAUUUUAACCUUUUCUCAAGUUCAAGACUCAUUUCCAGUUUUUGGAAAACAAAACUGAUGUAGUGCAGACUACAAAAGCAUACUUCAGAAGAUGGCACUGGUCACUGCAAACUCAUAAAACAGAUUUUUCUGGUCGAAAGCUGCAAUUCUGCUGUAUAAGUAACUAUUGUGUCUUUUUUAUUUUAUUUUUUUAUUUUUUAAAUGAAGAAAAAAAAGCAACUUCAAUAAAAGUUAUGAAAUCCAGCACCAACUCCCCACUUUACUGAUGCUUAGUUGCAGGUGCUUCAAUUCACAUCAGACUUGCUAAGAUUAGCAUUACCAAGCAGGAAGAGCCAUUCCUGAGUCAAUUAUGCUCAAAGGAUAUAUAAAAGUACAAGAUGCUUCCAGACUCCCAAACAAUUUUUAUUCAGUUAAACAUCAGUAGGAUGCAAAGGAAUAACAAAGUACCAUGCAACAGACAGGUUCAAAAUAUGGGAAGUGGACUAGUUCUUAUAUGGCACUUUUCUACUCGAGCACUCAAACUCCUCGGGAAAAGCACCAGUUUUCUUGUGUCAUAGAGACCAUAGGUAAUCCCAAUUGACCUGUGAUAGAUACGUAUGUCUGUUGUCAAGAUAUAAUAGCUAACCAGUGGAGUUUGACAGUCUCAUUAACGAACUUAUUAAUCAUUGACCAGCUGAGUGCACAGAUGCACAUACCUUUGUCAGGUUCAGAGGAAGGAAAAACAAAACUGUUUCAGUCAGAGGAUUCAUACAUAUGAAAAACUGUAAAAUAAACGUCGUGUGAUCAUUGUCUGGGAGAGUGGAAUCAACAUGUCUACCAGUUUUACAACAGAUGGCAGCCCCCUGCCCACCACUGCAGCUCCCAGCACAGCUCUCACUAUGGGUGCUGCUGACAUUGCUAUUGUUGUUGUCUACUUUAUAAUUGUCAUGGUGGUUGGAAUCUGGUCAUCAAUGCGUGUCAAUCGCAGCACUGUUGGGGGGUACUUCUUGGCUGGUCGUUCAGUGACUUGGUGGCCUAUUGGAGCCUCUCUGAUGUCCAGUAAUGUUGGCAGUGGUUUAUUUAUUGGUCUAGCAGGGACAGGAGCAGCUGGAGGAAUCGCUGUUGGGGGAUUUGAAUGGAACGCAUCGUGGGUUCUGGUAGCUCUGGGUUGGAUAUUUGUCCCCGUUUACAUCUCUGCUGAAGUGGUAACAAUGCCUGAAUACCUGGCCAAACGCUUUGGAGGCCAGAGGAUACGCAUAUACAUGUCUGUUCUGUCACUUAUUCUCUACAUUUUCACCAAAAUAUCAACAGACAUUUUUUCCGGGGCAUUGUUUAUCCAGGUGUCAUUUGGGUGGAAUCUGUAUCUGUCUACAGUCAUACUGUUGCUGGUGACUGCUGUCUACACUGUGGCAGGUGGUUUGGCAGCUGUGAUCUACACUGAUGCUCUCCAGACUUUGAUCAUGGUUGGAGGAGCUUUUGCCUUAAUGUUCAUAGCAUUCUCCAAGGUGGGCUGGUAUGAGGGCCUUAUGGAUCGUUACAUGUCAAGUAUUCCCAAUGUGACUGUUCCCAACACCACCUGCCACUUACCCCGUAGUGAUGCUUUCCACAUGUUCAGAGACCCUGUAACAGGGGAUUUACCCUGGCCAGGUCUACUGUUUGGGCUCACCGUACUGGCUACAUGGGUCUGGUGCACAGAUCAGGUUAUAGUCCAAAGGUCUCUGUCAGCCAAAUCUUUGUCUCAUGCUAAAGCCGGCAGCGUGUUGGGUGGCUAUCUCAAACUGCUCCCUAUGUUCUUCGUUGUGAUGCCAGGAAUGAUAAGUCAAGCACUAUUCCCAAAUGAGGUUGGUUGUGUGGAUCCAGAUAUCUGUCAAAGUGUGUGUGGUGCUUCAGUUGGUUGCUCUAACAUUGCUUACCCUAAACUAGUAAUAGAGCUAAUGCCUGUGGGACUUCGUGGUCUGAUGUUGGCAGUGAUGUUAGCUGCUCUAAUGUCAUCCCUGACUUCCAUUUUUAAUAGCAGCUCUACUCUGUUUACACUGGACCUCUACCACAAAGCCAGGCCUAAAGCUUCUGAGUUGGAACUUAUGAUAGUUGGAAGGGUGUUCAUCCUCGUCUUGGUGUGUCUUAGUCUGCUGUGGAUUCCUGUUGUCCAGACAGCCAAUAGUGGACAGCUGUUUGACUAUAUUCAGUCAGUGACCAGCUUUUUAGCACCUCCCAUUACUGCUCUAUUCCUAAUGGCUAUCUUUUGGCCACGAGCCAACGAGCAGGGUGCAUUCUGGGGUCUGAUGGCUGGACUAGUGAUAGGACUGAUCCGAAUGGUUCUGGAGUUCUCCUAUUCACCUCCUUCCUGUGGUCAGCCUGAUCACCGGCCUGCAGUCCUAGCUGAUGUCCACUACUUGUACUUUGCUCUCAUCCUGUUGGCUCUCACAUGCCUCAUCAUUGUUGCUGUAAGCCUGGCCACUGCCCCAAUACCUAAAGAAAAUCUGCAUAGGCUGACCUGGUGGUCCAGACAUAGUCUUGAACCGCGAAUGGAUCUCUCAAGUCUUCAGAUCACCUCUGACCAAGUGGACUCUAACCUCAGCUCAGAGUCUGACCGAUUGCAAGAAUCCACUUGGAAGAAAGUUGUUCUGUGGCUUUGUGGUUUGUCUAGUUCACGCUCCGAGUCGGCAGCUCCAGUGAUUCAAAGCAGUGAACGAAACUUCCUCCAGGAGAAGUCACUCUGGAGAAUAGUCUGCGAUGUUAACGCCCUGCUACUGCUGGUUGUUAACGUGUUUCUCUGGGGAUACUUUGCUUAAUGUGGUCAUGAAAUCUUGAACAUGUUGUUGUUUUUCUUACUUCUUACUCUUCUUAAUAACUUUACUUUUCUAAACUAUUCAGGAAAGAAGUGGGACAGAAAAAGGAUUCUCAGAUAUGAAACAAUGAACUAAUUAUUCUCUAUUGUAUACUGUAUACAGGCGAGAGAGAUAAGAUUGACAUCCAGUUAGCUCAUUAACUGCCUUUGUUAGCAAACAAUGUACAGCUCAAGCUGCUCAACUUGAAAAAAUAAAAUAGCCCUUUAUUGUGAUUGUUCAUGUACAACAAAAUUAUGACAUGAGUACAAGUGCAUCUGACAGGUACAGUUAGGAAGUAGUGCAAAGGACUUGGUCUGAGUAUAGUCUGUAUGUGAGUGUAGGUUUUUUGCCACUGUUCUGGUAGACGUUGAUCUUGGUUUCAUCUGUCCAAAGAAUGUUUUUCCUGAACUAGCUUUGUUUUAUAUUUGUUGUUGUUGUUGUUUCUUUUUAGCAAAGUCCAGUCUCGCCCUUCUAUUCUUGAGGUUUAUGAAUGGCUUGCACCUUGCAGUGAACAUUCUGUAUUAAUUUUCAGUCUUCUUCUUUUAUAUUCUCAUUUAUCCAGUAUAUCUACCAUGCCUUUUAUGCACUUCUGGACUUUUUCUGCUCUUCUGUUAAAACUAUCUCAGCCAUGCCACUCUAACUUUGUCCUUCAAACAAAUGUAAUCCAGUCUCCACCCUGAACUGACCUGAAACCCAUCGGUCACUCCUACUGCACACCUCACCAGUGUUUCACUGUUCUCAUACAUGUUCUGCACUAGUCUUUCUCUAUAUCCACAAUGACACUGGCUGUCUUUCGUCCAGUUUGCCUCCCCUCACAACAUGGUGAUGGCCGUCCAUCCAUGAGACUAGUUCUGUUGGAGGUUUCUUCCUGUUAAAAGGGAUUUUAUUCUUCCAACUGUUGCCAAAACACUUGCUUAUAAGGGGGUUAUAGGAUUGUUAGGGUUUUUCUAUUUUCUUUGUAUUAUUGUAAGGUGUUUACCUUACAAUAUAAAGCCCCUUGAGGAAACUGUUGUUGUGAUUUGGCACUAUAUAAAUAAAACUGAAUUGAACUCCCUUUGUCUCUGUUUGUCUGCAACCUCAGCAGAUCAAAGGGAAAUUAAUUUGAUCGCUGGUGUGUUCUGUGUUCUCACAGCUACAGUUAAACUCUCAAGAUCAGAAAUAAGUACAGACAUUUUAUAUAUUUUCUAAAUAAACAAAUUAUUACAUGCACAUUCCUGUGACAACGCAACAGUUUGCUUCACUUAAAAGUAAGGCAAACUGUUGCAUUCCUUUUGCAGUGCAGAGUUAAGCUGCACAUAUAAAAUGCAUGCCCCCAGCAGAGAAUCUAUAUUGUGCCAUUAUCACCAGCAGGUGACACUAGUGUUACGUCUCUGAAGUGGAAUCUGUUCACGGAGCCAGCAAUAAACAAAGGUAGAAUUUACAUUAUGAAAGACCACAUAUUAAAUGUCCAUUCUCAAUAAUUGUUUAUUUAUUAAAACACAAGUGGAAAGAAAGUACAACUAUAGACCACGUUACAUUGCUUGGAGCCAGGCCCAGGGGAGGGGCUUGUCAAUAAGUGCCUGGUGGUCAGGCUAGCCCGUGCAGCCUGGCCGGGCUCAGUCACAUCUUAACAUAACAUAUUAAUGUAAUAUGCCUGUCUUACAGAAGGUGCACACCUCUUUUUUAUUACAGAAGGCUGUGAUGACUAACUGAAACCAGACAAAAAAAAAUUUAUCUAUACAGUAACGUGCAUC